AUGACUGUCGACGCCGGAACAGCAACUACCAUAGUUAACCCACCCAGGGUUACACUCAGAGCACCCGUCUCUCUCUUUCACCAUGAGUUGGUGACAAAAGACUAUCUACUUCUACAGUUCCAUGCUGCUGCUGCUUUGCAGUUACAGUUUGGCACACAGCGUCAUGAAUUGGCUGCAACAUCAGACGAUCGCUUGAUUGCAUCCCCAUACAAUGAUCCUGGGAAUCUGUUAGAUUUGAAGAGCCUUGAGACACCUUAUCAGCUACUGGCAAAAGCCUUGACCAUCUUCAAGCCCAUCCGUGACGAUUAUGCUGUCGCACCAUACAUCGAAUCCUUCAACUGGCAGGCUGUUGUUGAUUUCUUGCGUGAUCUCUCGAUUGCCGAAGGCUAUCAAUGGAAAAGACAGCGAUUCUAUGUUGUCACAUUCCGGUCCACUCUGAAACCCGUCAUCGAUAAUCAGCGACUGCACGAUCUGGACUACCACUCGCACCAAGAAGCUAUGGCUAGUGGUGGUUUGUUGAAGUAUUGGUUUGGCGCUAAAAAUGAGAAGCAUCAGAACUUGGCAACUUGCGUCUGGAGAAACAGAGAGGAUGCAAGGGCAGGCGGCACUGGCCCAUGGCAUAAACAGGCUCGUGCUGCAGUAGGAGCCAUGUACGACAACAUUGUGUUCAAGACUCUUGCCUUGGUCAUCGACGACGAUGCAUCUUCAUGGGAGAUUUCCGACUGGACGGACUAA